UUCACGAUGCCCUAGUAUACCUUGACUUGACAGCGGAGACAAAUCUAAAAUUAUUCAAACAAUUAGGAGCCAAGCCAUGUAAAACUUUAUACAUCAGAACUGACUGGGUGAUUAGACGUGUUUUGAGAAUGUCAGCCAGUUCAACUUUUUAAACAUAUCACGGGAUGGAGUAUUAACAUUACAUUUUAAGAUUAUUCUUGCAGCCCUUUUGAGUAGUUUAUCUAGCCUGCCAGUGCUAUUUUGAGAAGUAUUUCCCCAGAUGUUUACACAAUAAUUAAAAUGGGGAUUCACAAAACAGUUAGCUCUCACCAAGAGUAUUGAUUAUCUGCAAUUUGAGUACCAAUUAUUUUGAUAAAUGUCAGCAUAACACACAUUGCUCUCAAAUACAUAUUUAUAUCAGAUGUAUUAUCGUCAAGGUUAAAAUUGAUAUAAUGCAUGAAUGCAAUGUAUCGUUAAGAUACGUUCACCCUGCAUGAUCAUAACAAUCAAUGACGUUUGCAUUUAUAAAUAAAUCAAAAUAAAUAAAUACAUAUAUAAAAAAAAAAAAACCGUCUACACAUAUACCAAAAAUUGAUAUCUACAUUUGUCCAAAAAACAUUACAUAAUCCAAUAAUACCGUAUCCGGAAUGUUGGAACCGGCUGCAGCCAGUGAUCAGUAUACUACACACGACAAGGGAGUUAACUAAUGACUCGUCGCCGUACACGAUCUGUGGUUUUCUCGUUCUUUAUUGCUUUCUAGGGUCUGUGUUCAUCCAUCUGGACGCUCAUAAUGGCCGAAGGUGGACGUUCUCCGGAACUAGACUUUCACUUACUUGACUGUCCUAUCUGUCUUGAGAGACUUCGGAAACCAAAGUCCUUACCCUGUCUCCACUGCUUUUGUCAGGAAUGCCUCGGGACCUACAUCACCAAGGAGUUGUUGGGGAAGAUGGCGUCAGAAACAUUAUUCCCUUGUCCUGUCUGUAGGAGGGAGAUACUGUCUUUCAAUCCUCUGGAAUCUAAGGACAAAUGGGCAGAACAGUUCCCUACUAACGCUAUAAUCCAGGACCUCAUUAAGCUCAAAGAACGAUCAUUUGAACCACUGUACUGUAAACCCUGUCAGACAAAAGGUAACAUGACUAACCCCGCGAAAUCCUGGUGCAAAAAGAUGGACGAGACAUUUUGCGAGACGUGUAAGGUACAGCUACAUGAUAACAUACACAGUGACUGUGACAUCUUGGAUAUAACUGGAUGUUGUGGAGCGCGACCAAAACAGGAAAAGUCAGUCCCUCGAUGUGACCAGCACGAUAAGAAGAAGGUUUGGUAUUGUGAGGACCAUCAACUCUUAGGAUGCCAGAUAUGCGUUUUCAAAGAUCACAGGCGUUGUGAAGUGGUGACAACAGCGAUGGAAUAUUUUCAGAAAUUAAAAGAUGGAUCACAGCUGGCAGACAUACAGGACAUGUUGAAGAAAAACGCGGAGGUUGUUGACUUUAUAGUGAAGGACUUUGACGAACAACUUCAAAAUCUGGUACAGAACCAGGAAACCGCAUUGCAAAGUAUCACUGCUCUACGUCAAAAGGUCGAUAAACGGUUAAACAAGCUACAGAAGGACGUAACAGACAAGUUGAUCGCGUCGUUCAAAGAAGAGAAGAGAAACACGGAGGCGUCAUUACGGCAGUGUGAACGUCUGAUGAAUAGUAUGCUGAAUACCAUGAAGUCGUCCGUUACUGCCGUAGAAGGAAAUGACCACAUUGAGACGAUAGUGUUGUACCAGAGAGGACAGGCAGAGGUGGAGUCGUGUAAGGCCCUGAUAACGGACAUGAGAAAGUCGUACACGUCCGUCAGCAUCAAACAUCAUUGUGCAAGUGGACUCCACAAUGUUAAUGAUGACGCAAUGGGAAAGAUCAUAAUCAAGAAACAACCUCGGCGUAUUCCUGGAAGCCAUUGUCAUAUAGUACCUUACUUGUUAGAAUGCAACGUGAAGAGAAUCAGAAAAUUCAGCAUAAAGAUACCAUCAGAUCAAAACGAUUGCUAUGGCCAUGGUGUUGUGUACCUCCCAAGUGAUCAAAUAGUGAUAAGUGAUGACCGAAACAAUAAAAUAAAACUGUUUACAGACAAAGGCCAGUUCCUGGACGAGUUGACUAUUCGAGGAAGUCCUAAUGAUCUGUGUCUGGUGGACAACAACACUGUGGCAGUCGCUGUCGACAGUCCUGGUGGUAUACGUGUCGUGAAAGUCAAGGCAUCCAAACUCUCCCUGUCGUCUGAGAUCAGGAUGUCAAAUGGUGAGGACUGCUACGGUAUAACACAUACAGAUGGGGAGUUUGUCAUAGGUACAUAUGGUGGAGGGGUGUACAGUGUUACAAAGGGCGGCGUGGCUGACUUGUUACGUCGGUACAAGAGUACAUGUCACUCAAUCACUCAUGACACAGUAAAGGGAGAUACACUCGUCAGUAUCUAUAAUGACAUUCCAAAAGCAGUCGCGGUGUCCAGACUUUCGGCUAAUAAACGUCACACGGACAUGAUGAAGGUCGGCGUCGUGAGGUGUCCCAGGGGAAUAGACGUAGACAGGGAGGGAAACAUUUACGUUUGUGGUGAUAUUUCACACAACGUAGUACAGAUGUCUGGGGACGGGACACACGCAAGGGAACUGCUGACGUCUUCGAACGGAAUGAACAAUCCAAUGGCAAUAUCUGUAAAUGGUGACAAGUUUGUUGUCACUAAUUAUGGAAACAACCAUAUCCGGGUCUUUGGGCUUUACUAAUGUGUAUAACAUACACAAGCACGACAAGCACGAGAUCACUUGAGAUGUACAUUUACCAUCACAAUCGAAGUGCAUGGUGACAUAUUAUGACUUAAAACAGCAAUAACGACAUUUUAUAUACAACUCCAACUGCUACAAAAUCGCAAAAAUCGCCGGUUUCCAAUUAAACUUUGAUUAAGUAUUCCUUUUAUCAAACGGAAUGUAAUACCAUUGCUGUUAUGAUAAUUUGAUCUUAAUACCAACAAUUUCCAUUUCAUGUUUUACCUGAUAUCACUAGUUCGAAGCAUAUGCGUUUCGGUUAUGGUCUGAUUGUGUGUACUACACCUUGAAGAUGGAAUACUGGAAACGUCGUGGUGUCCAGACUGUCGGUGGACAAACGUCACACGGACGUGCUGAAGGUCGGAGUCGUGAGUCGUCCCUGGGGAAUAGACGUUCACAGGGAGAGAAACAUCUACGUGUGUGGUUAUAUGUCACACAACGUUGUACAUAUGUCUGGAGACGGGACACAAGUCAGGGAACUGCUGACGUAAUCGGGCGGAAUUAAAUACCCAUGGGCAAAAUCGAUAAAUGGUAAACUCAACUUCACUCGACGUCUUAACUGGCUCCGUGGCGCAGAUGAGGAUAAUUAUAUUCGGGUCUUUCAGCUGUACUAGUGUGAAUAGAAGAUUAGAUUCCCUUGUCGAGAACUGUAUUGUUUACUCAAGCUAUCGGCGUCACCAUGUUCCAAACACUGAUGCGUGACAAAUACAGUUUUCUCAUGAUGUAUAUAUGGUAAAUAACUGCAAAUGGUGAUAAACUAGCGAUAUUAUUCAGCUUUAAAAUGUUUAAAACAGACACAAAUGUAGGCCGAUAGUUUGAGAUGUUUGUUUACCGUAACAGUCUGAUAAAAUUCCGCUUUAUUAUGUAUAAAUGACAUACAGCUGUGAGCUGAUCACGAAAACAGUUUACCGUAUCAGACUCCUGGUCACAUUCUGCUUUAUUUUUAUUGAUGAGAGUUAAUGAUGUUAUUAGUUAAAUAGUUUAUAUUAUUGGGUUGUACUUAAGGUUCGUCACCUGUGUAUCGUAGUGUGGAAAUUACCGUGUUACUAUUUAUAGACGUGUGUGGUGUCUUACCUGUAGUCGUCUAUUUCUGUAUGUCCGUAUUUGGGGUUGUUGACAAGUUAUAUACAAAUUAAAAGUGUGAAUUUGAGAAAAAGCGCGCAAGUGUGAGUGAAGGCUUAACAAAACCGUUCGUACACCGCGGUAAACUCGCAGUUGGCCUUACUAGGACGACAGAACGUAUCCUCUGUGGUCCUGUCGGCACGGCCCAGACUUAUACUCUGACAUGAUUUUACCUGACAUAUAGGUGGAAUGGAAGGGUUUGCUUUUCCUAUUGUAUGCCUCCGGUCUAAUAAUAAAAAAGACUCGAACUAGCA